GAUCGUCGUUCUCCACACGGCGUCUCUCCGCGGCCAUGGUAACACCACUGUGUAACGGACUACUGCACACAACAACAGAAACAAGCACUUCUCUUUGAGGUACAAUCAUACUAUUUUCAUGCACAUAGUUGUAAGUACUAGCUAUUUGUUUGUCUUUUGGUUUGUGUGGUAUACUUGGCGGCACGUCAUUUAUUCGAAACAAGAGGGUAUUUUCUUGCCAUGCGAUCCGUUUUGUUAUCUGGCCUAAGCUUGGGGUGUAACUGGAGGCCGAUGGGAAAUGCUGUUUUAUUUACGCAUACUGCUGAUCAAAAUAGACGGAGGGAUAUCUGUGUUUGAACUACAAGACCCGGGUCCUGAAAUGCAAUGAUAGAUUUUAUUGAUAUGUGCAUUCUUUGAAAAGGUUUUCUGCUGAUGUUAUUAUUGUUGAUUUACAUACUAGCCCACUAGUAAUGGUUGACAUAUUUACCUUAGCAAGCUAACUAUCUAGCUAGCUAGCUACAUUGUGAAAAUGAUGUGUUUUCUAGCUAUUUUAGCUAACUAUGAAACCCAUCUGGAUUAAGUAGGGCUAAAUUAAAUAGGCUUUGAAGUGAAUGUAAUUAGUUUAGCUACUAUGAACAUAUGGUUAUUGAAAUGCAUGGGGGUGUAACCAGAAUGAAGGGACACUGCUAUCAACUAUGGGACAUCCUGCUUACCAUGGGAUACGAUGAUCAUACUGCGUGUCUAGCACAGGGUUUCCCAAACUUGGUCCUGGCCCUGCCCUGGGUCCACAUUUAGGUUUUUGCCCUAGUGCUAACGUUACACGGCUGAUUCAAAUGACCAAGUCAUUGUCAAACUUUGAUUAUAUGAAUCAGCUGUGUAGUGGAAGGGCAUACACCAAAAUGUGCACCCGGGGGGCGUUUGGGAACCCCUGGUCUAACAGAGCAAUGGUUUGAUACACCACCUCCAGUGUAGACAGCUUAUUAUAUAACUCUGAGUUUGCUCUUACUUCAGUUUAAACUAGUAUCUGCAAACCCUGGCUGUUCAAACAGUCCAUUGAUUUCAGAUAGUACAUAGCUAGCCAGCUAAUCCGAACAUAAGUCUGACAAGCCAACUCUAAACACUGAAGAAAGGGAUCAUGUGACACAGCCAGCAGUAGUGCAUAGGAAAGGGAACCAAUAUAUCUCACUACUGUUUGACAACAGUUCCCAUUGUUUAUAAAGCCUGUGAGCCAUGUCAUGAUCUUGGUUUACUUGCGUCACUUUUACAUUCUCAGUGCUGAGAUCAUGUCAUACUAACAUAGCUUAGUUUCAGAGUAGUGUAUGCACACCCAGUGACUUGCAGGUACAGGGUACAACAAGUCAACUAAAGAAAGAAAGCGAUACCCGCACACUGAUGAUGAUUACUUCUGUAGUUUUAUUGUGCAACGUUUCGACCUGAAGAUCGAAGGAGAACUUUCAUCCUAAUGUAGCCUUCUUCUGUUUCCCUGCCAGACAGUUCCAGCCCAGAGACAUUGUCCUCCAUUAAGAUGAACCUGGCAGAGAUCUGUGACAAUGCUAAGAAGGGCAGAGAGUACGCUCUGCUGGGAAACUAUGACUCCUCUAUGGUCUACUACCAGGGAGUGAUCCAGCAGAUACAGAAACACGGCCAAGCCCUCAGAGACCCUGCACUCAAAGUCAAGUGGCAACAGGUGGGACUCUCCCAAACACAUACAAACCACAUAGAUGUUGCAGCAUAGAAGCAUUGGUAAUAAGACAUUAUGAACGCUCUUACAUGCUUAACAAGUAAUCAUUUGAUAUACCGGUUGGCUAAAAGUGUUACCGAAAUGUCCUCUCUCGCUCUAGGUGAGACAGGAGCUGGUGGAGGAGUAUGAGCAGGUGAAAGGCAUUGUGGGAACUCUGGAGAGUUUUAAGGUAGACAAGCCAGCUGACUUCCCUGUCCCUCAGCCUGAGGAAGGGCCCCGAGACCCCGCAGUGUGGCCCCCCCCCCACCCCCGCAGAGCACAGGUAUAUGGCAUGUCUGAGACCUAACACAAUUCUUCAGGUCUCAGGCAAUCUUAUUCAUCACUUGAGCGUGGUUCACCGGACCAGCUCCACUACUGAGUGCAGAGGAGGCAACCUGAAGGGGUAAACAGCACCUGGCUGUGUAAGGUCUCAUUUUUAACUAAGAACAAGUACAGCGCUCAAGUUAAAAUCUUAAGGUGGAACAUUGUAGCGUUAACACAGUGUAUCUGGGUAGUGUGCAUUGAAGUGGACGAAUCAGUGUGUAUAUAUCAGUGCGAAUCCACUGAUAUGAGAGGAGGAAAUGCCACUUAACCAAAUGAUCACCACUUAACCAAAUGAUCACCACUUGAAGUUGACAAGCUGCUGCUUCCUAUUGGAAGUGAUGCUGCAGCAGUAUAUGGCAGAGAGUAGGCUACACAUCUUCUGAAAAGCAUGGCGAUUACAGUAUACAGGACCACAAUAAAAAGGUUACAUGCUGCAUAGUUUCAUUCACUAGCUGUACGUCUUAUGACUUUCUAAAAUAGUCUAUAGGCCCUGUAGCAUCCUACAACCAUCAUGAUCUCUCAAACUGACAUUCUGUUUUGCUACACUGCUCAGACAUUAAUUGCUUCAUGGAAAAUGUGUGUGUGUCUGCCUGUCUCUGUGUGUGUGUGUGUGUGUGUGUGUGUCCCUGCCUGUGUGUUUAGGGCCCCUGCUGCAGUGAAGCGUCCUAACAGUGGUGUAAAACCCCAGCAGAGGAAGGACUCACCAGGGAUGCAGCCCAGAGGGGCUCCAGGGGGGAGGGGCCAGACCAACCCCAAAACAGACCGCCCUGCCCCCAGGGACGCCCCCCGAGGCACCAAGGCCAGAGACGACAAGGUCAGUGUACAGCUGGAGAUACUAUAUUUACACUGUUAGGGCUGGUUUCCUGGACACAUGAAGUCUAGUCCUGGACUGAAAAUCAUGCUUAAUCUCUAUCGAAAUAACCUUUUAGUCUAGGACUAGACUUGAUCUGUGUCUGGGAAAGCGGCCCUUAAACUCUUAUGUCUGUUGUCCCAGGGUAAGACGAGUAUAAGGCGGGGAAGUUAAACUUCUGUUAAACGUGUGUGUGUGUGUGUGUGUGUGUGUCUCCUGCAGGGUAAAAAGGCUGUAGCAGAGGGAGCGGGGGAUGGAGAGCUGAAGAAGUUUGAUGGUUCAGGGUACGACAGUGACUUAGUGGAAGCACUGGAGAGAGACAUCGUCUCCCGCAACCCCAACGUACACUGGUACAGUAAACACAUCACCUUGCUGACGUGUGUGUGAUAAGAGCGUCUGCUAAAUGACUAAAAUGUAAAUGUAAAUAAUCACUUUGUGUGUAUCACUGUAGGACUGACGCAUUGCUGAUAAGUUUGGUGUGUGUGUGUGUUCCAGGGGGGAUAUUGCUGACCUGGAGGAUGCUAAGAAGUUGCUGAGAGAAGCGGUGGUUCUGCCCAUGUGGAUGCCAGACUUCUUCAAGGGUAUACGCCGACCCUGGAAGGUAACACACACACUUAAAAGGCAAUGAGAGAUAGUGCCUUGAGUAGUUGUGUGUGUGAAGUCAUGAGUAGGGGCUGUAACGUGACCGUAUUGCCGCCACACCGGCAGUCACGAGUCAUGGCCGCAGUCAAAUUCCAUGUGACCGUUGAGUCACGGUAACUAGGCUUCUCCAAAACUGCUCUUUGAUGCCGCUGGUGGUCAUUAGUAGCAUUAGUAGCCUACCAAACUUGUUAAAAGCCAGUCGCUAAUGGCCUGGUACUCAGCGCUCUAUUGUCCCUCUAAUCACUCUGACAAUGCAAAUGCAAUCGAAAAUGAACACUGCAGGAGAGCCCUGGCAUUGAGUUUAAACGGAAUAGGAUCAGCUGUUGCGCAGCGAGAGCCAGCUCCUCAUAGCUGGUUGAUACAUGGAAUGAAAUGUGUUCCUAUAAGCCCAUGUUGAGCAACAUUUCUAUAGGCUAUGCAAGGCUAUGCUAUGCUAGGCUAUGCUAUGCUAUGCUAGGCUAUGCUAUGCGUGAGAAAACAGAGUUUCUAUUAAAAAGAGGAGGAUCCCAUAAGCUUUCUAUAGGCUAGGCCUACUAUAUUUCUCAUAAUAUUAAGCACAUUGCCAUGCUUUACAACUGGAGUAACCUACCUGGCUGGCAUGAAAAUGAACCGCAGGAAAAGUGUCCUCCAUUCGCUAUUCAAGUGCAUACGGAUGACAUGUAUUUUUUUCCCCCUGCCCCUGUUCUGACAGGUGCAUGAUGAUGGUCCAUUCUAAAUCAAAACUAAUUUCAUACAUAUAUGAUUUAGUAUAUGUAAAGACAAGAUUACAUUGAGAAUAGUCUGAUGGGUGAGAAUAUUAUCACUUGCGAAUGAUGCCCAGUGUGUCUAAGGCAAGAAACAGUGCAUGCAUUUUUUUUGCAACUUUUUCAAAUCAUAGUCGAAUGCAUCGUGUAGCCUAGCCCAUAGGCCUAAUAUGUUUUGAUAAGGUUUGUAUCACAACCUAAAGUGGCCAAAUAAAUCUAAGCGUAGCCUACAGGCCCAAGACCCCUGGUACAUGGUUUGAGAGCACAUAGCCUACAGAUCCUAGUGAAACGUGUUAUAAGCCCAGUCAUUUCACAAUUGCGUGUGAAAACAGAGUUUUGACUGGCCUCUAUUUAAAAGAGGAUCCCAGCUUCCUCGUGCUGCUAUAUUUAUUGCUCAAUAAUUAAAAUUAAUCCGCUCUACAACUGGUGUAGCCUACCUGGCAUAUUAUUAAACACGUUACCGCGGGAAGCACUUCCUCCAUUCGCUAUUCGAGUGCAGGCUGCCAUGUUCGAAUGCCAUGUUUUGUGGGCCAUUCUAAAUAAAAAAUAAUUCCACACAUACACUACAUGGUCUAAAGUAUGCUCGUCGAACAUCUCAUUCCAAAAUCAUGGGCAUUAAUAUGGAGUUGGUCCCCCCUUUGCUGCUAUAACAGCCUCCACUCUUCUGGGAAGGCUUUCCACUAGAUGUUUGAACAUUGCUACGGGAACUUGCUUCCAUUCAGCCACGAGCAUUAGUGAGGUCGGGCACUGAUGUUGGGCGAUUAGGGCUGGCUCGCAGUCGGCAUUCCAAUUCAUCCUACAGGUGUUCGAUGGGGUUGAGGUCAGGGGUCUGUACAGGCCAGUCAAGUUCUUCCACACCGAUCUCGACAAACCAUUUCUGUCAGGACCUCGCUUUGCGCACGGGGACAUUGUCAUGCUGAAACAGGAAAGGGACUUCCCCAAAAUGUUGCCACAAAGUUGGAAGCACAGAAUUGUCUAGAAUGUCAUUGUACGCUGUAGCGUUAAGAUUUCCCUUCACUGGAACUAAGGGGUCUAGCCCGAACCAUGAAACACAGCAACAGACCCUUAUUCCUCCUCCACCAAACUUUACAGUUGGCAUAAUGCAUUGGGGCAGGUAGCGUUUUCUUGGCAUCCGCCAAACCCAUAUUCGUCCGUCGGACUGCCAGAUGGUGAAGAGUGAUUCAUCACUCCAGAGAAUGCGUUUCCACUGCUCCAGAGUCCAAUGGCGGCGAGCUUUACACCACUCCAGCCGACGCCUGGCAUUGCGCAUAGUGAUCUUAGGCUUGUGUGUGGCUGCUCGGCCAUGGAAACCCAUUUCAUGAAGCUCCUGACGAACAGUUCUUGUGCAGAUGUCGCUUCCAGAGGCAGGAAAAAUGAAAUCCGUCUUACCUAAUUUCUACCAGCAUGUCACCUGUACAACUAGAGGUGAAAGAACUCUAGAUCACCUUUACUCCACACACAGAGACGCAUACAAAGCUCUCCCUCGCCCUCCAUUUGGCAAAUCUGACCAUAACUCUAUCCUCCUGAUUUCUGCUUACAAGCAAAAACGAAAGCAGGAAGUACCAGUGACUCGGAAGUGGUCUGAUGAUACGGAUGCUAAGCUACAGGACUGUUUUGCUAGCACAGACUGGAAUAUGUUCCGGGAUUCAUCCGAUGGCAUUGAGCAGUUUACCACAUCAGUCACCAGCUUCAUUAAUAAGUGCAUCGACGACGUCGUCCCCACAGUGACCUUACAUACAUAUCCCAAACAGACACAGAGUUCCCGCUUUCACGGAGAAGAACACUAAUCCGGACGCUUAUAAGAGAUCCCGCUAUGCCCUCAGAUGAACCAUCAAACAGGCAAAGCGUCAUAACAGGACUAAGAUCUAAUCCUACUACACCUGCUCUAACGCACGUCGGAUGUGGCAGGGCUUGCAAACUAUAUCACGGAUUACAAAGGGAAACCCAGCCGUGAGCUGCCCAGUGAUGCGAGCCUAUCAGACGAGCUAAAUGCCUUCUAUGCUAGCUUCGAGGCUAGCAAAACUAAACCAUGCAUGAGAGCACCAGCUGUCCUGGACGACUGUGUGAUCACGCUCUCUGUAGCCGAUGUGAGCAAGACCUUUAAACAGGUUAACAUUCACAAGGCCGCAGGGCCAGAUGGAUUACCAGGACGCGUACCAGCUGGCAAGGGUCUUCACUGACAUUUUCAACCUCUCCCUGACCCAGUCUGUAAUACCUACAUGCUUCCAAAAUACUUAGCUGUGUGACCUGCAGUUUUAAUUUGGGAGCACCAGUGCAACUAGAAAAAAAAAAAAUCACCCAGAUAAUAAUUGUUGUAAUUAUUAGGCUUUGCUUUACCACAGCCUCCACGUGCCAUAGUCAUAGUCGUCUUUCUCCCUCCACGGCUGUUUGCUUCCAGUUCCCAGGCUAUACACACCAAGCCCCGCCCCCGGCCACUCAAGCAGGCAGCACACUGUUUAUUCUCUCAGCAUGCUGUCAAUUCAUGCACUCAACACAGAUCCUUCCAAAACAAGAACGAUGCUGCUUUCCACCUUGCUUUCUCUAUUAUACAAUUAGUUUGUGUAUCUUGUUCUCAGCAAAAUGCGAGUUAGCUAGUCUAAUAUGCAUGUAAAUCUCUCAUGGCUCAAAGUGGAGAAGAGAUUGACUUCAUCACUACUUGUUUUUGUAAGAAGUAUGCUGAAUGCACCGAGGUGUCUGUUUUUUAAAAUACUAGCACACAGCUCGGGCACCCAUGCAUACCCCACAAGACAUGCCACCAGAGGUCUCUUCACAAUCCCCAAGUCCAGAACAGACUAUGGAAGGCGCACAGUACUACAUAGAGCCAUGGCUACAUGGAACUCUAUUCCACAUCAGGUAACUGAUGCAAGCAGUAGAAUCAGAUUUAAAAAACAGAUAAAAAUACCCCUUAUGGAACAACGGGGACUGUGAAGGGACACACACACACACACAUACACAUGAUAAGACACGCACUCUACACACACAUACACAUGGAUUUUGUAUUGUAGAUAUGUGGUAGUAGAAUAGUGGCCUGAGCGAACACAUUGAAUGUGUUGUGAAAAGUUUUAUGAAAUGUAAUAUUUAAAACGGUAUAUAACUGCCUUUAAUGUUGCUGGACCCCAGGAAGAGUAGCUGCUGCCUUGGCAACAGCUAAUGGGGAUCCUUAAUAAAUACAAAUAUAAGAAACCUGGCAUGUGCCUAACAUAUAAUGCAUAUCGCUAACUAGCUAGCUGGCUAGCUAAAUGCCAUUUAGCUAAAUGCACAUCGCUAAUCGCUAGCUGGCUAGCUAAAUGCCAUUUAGUUAAAUGCAUAUCGCUAACUAGCUAGCUGGCUAGCUAAAUGCCAUUUAGCUAAUUGCUAACUAGCUAGCUGGCUAGCUAAAUGCCAUUUAGCUAAAUGCACUAGCUAGGGCAAAGCAAACGUUACCUCUAAUACAGGUUGCUACCAGUGAUGGUGUAGCUCUGUAUGUUGUUUGUACAACAGCAUGUUCUGAAUCAGCCUAUUCUAAAAUGUUUGUCUAAAUGUAACAUCUAUUCAAAUGGUCCCUUGGGAAACACUGACCAACACUUUGGUACAUUUUAUGUGGUGCUCCUAACUUUUUAAAGUUAGGAGCACCAGUGCUACCAAUGGAAAUACGUUAAUUUAGAGCCCUGCCCUCAGGCCCAAUCCAUUGAUAGGGGGGUCAAUAUUUCAUUGGUCUCUGUGCCACAACCAAACACAAAUAUCACAUGAAGACCAUGUAGUGUAGAAAUGCAUGGUUUCUUACAUGUGAAUGAAUGAAUGAAUACAGUGAACAGUUUUGAACGUUGACAUAUGGAUGGAUAUUCAGAGGCUGCUCUUUGCCAUACACCACUCAGGCCUGUAAGCGGUGAUGUUGUACUGUAGAAAUUCAUGUAGUUUGGAAAAGAUUGACCUACUGUCAGCGACCCCUCUGCAAUAUAUGCUCACUCUCUCUCUGUCUCUCUGUCUCUCUCUCCGUCUCUCUGUCUCUCUCUCUGUCUCUGUCUCUCUCUCUCUGUAGGUACCUCUGUCUCUAUCUCUCUCUGUAUCUGUCUCUUCUCUGUCUCUGCUCUGUCCUCGUCUCUCUCUAUCCUCUCUCUCUCUCUCUCUCUCUCUCUCUCUCUCUACUCUCUCUCUGUCUCUAGCUCUGUCUCUCUCUCUGUCUCUCUCCUCUCUGUCUGCUAUCUCUGUCUCUCUUCUGUCUCUCUCUGCUCUCUCUCUGUCUCUCUCUCUCUAUAUGUCUCUAUCUCUCUCUCUCUCUCUCUCUCUCUUCUCUCUCUCUCUUCUACUCCCUUCUCUCUCUCUCUCGCUCUCUCUCUCUCCACCAGGGGGUGUUGAUGGUGGGCCCCCCAGGGACAGGGAAGACCAUGCUGGCUAAAGCCGUGGCUACAGAGUGUGGCACCACCUUCUUCAACGUGUCCUCCUCCACACUCACCUCCAAAUACAGAGGAGAGUCUGAGAAACUGGUUCGCCUGCUCUUUGAGAUGGUGAGUCUUUGUGUGUGUGUGUGGUCUCUUGUGACGGACGAAAACAGUAAUAUGGUGAUGAUUAGGCCUACUACAAGGUUUAGAUAGCUGACUAGACUACCUUACCUAGCAAUAAAUAAUCGCUGACAUGGGAUAAUUGAGUGACUGACAGAACAAUAGAAAAACUGCUGAUGCACAACCACAUUUCAAAAUGUCACUUUGUGUAUUCUACUAUUCUAACUCUCAACAGUAAGUUGAGACCUCGACUGAGUUUAAAAAAAAGAUUUCUGCUCACUGGGGAAUACUCAAUGAACCUUUUUUGAAAGAACCUUUUCUCUCCAUUGUGUCCAGGCGAGGUUCUACGCCCCGACCACCAUCUUCAUAGAUGAGAUAGACUCCAUCUGUGGGAGUCGAGGGAAGUCAGACGAACACGAAGCCAGCCGCAGAGUCAAGUCAGAAAUACUGGUGCAGAUGGACGGUGAGAGAAGCUGGGGGAGAGGAAGAGAGGAGGAGGAGGAGCGAGGGAGAAAUAGAUAAGGAGAGAGGGAGAAAUAGAUAAGGAGAGAGGGUGAAAUAUAUAAGGAGAGAGGGUGAAAUAGAUAAGGAGAGAGGGUGAAAUAGAUAAGGAGAGAGGGUGAAAUAGAUAAGGAGAGAGGGUGAAAUAGAUAAGGAGAGAGGGAGAAAUAGAUAAGGAGAGAGGGAGAAAUAGAUAAGGAGAGAGGGUGAAAUAGAUAAGGAGAGAGGGUGAAAUAGAUAAGGAGAGAGGGUGAAAUAGAUAAGGAGAGAGGGUGAAAUAGAUAAGGAGAGAGAGGGUGAAAUAGAUAAAGAGAGAGGGUGAAAUAGAUAAGGAGAGAGGGUGAAAUAGAUAAGGAGAGAGGGUGAAAUAGAUAAGGAGAGAGGGUGAAAUAGAUAAGGAGAGAGGGUGAAAUAGAUAAGGAGAGAGAGAGGGAGGGAGUGGGGCAGAGGGAGAAAGAGUUCACUGGUUUCUGAAUAUGUUGUUUCUUGCUCGGCUGCUGAGAUGUGUUUUUGGGGACUGUACCAUUGUUGCCCAGGUGUGGGUGGAGCUAUCUGACUGUACCAUUGAUGCCCAGGUGUGGGUGGAGCUUUAGAUGCAGUAUGUGACUGUACCAUUGUUGUCCAGGUGUAGGGGGAGCUAUCUGACUGUACCAUUGUUGUCCAGGUGUGGGGGGAGCUAUCUGACUGUACCAUUGUUGUCCAGGUGUAGGGGGAGCUAUCUGACUGUACCAUUGUUGUCCAGGUGUAGGGGGAGCUAUCUGACUGUACCAUUGUUGUCCAGGUGUAGGGGGAGCUAUCUGACUGUACCAUUGUUGUCCAGGUGUAGGGGGAGCUAUCUGACUGUACCAUUGUUGUCCAGGUGUGGGGGGAGCUAUCUGAUUGUACCAUUGUUGUCCAGGUGUGGGGGGAGCUAUCUGACUGUACCAUUGUUGUCCAGGUGUGGGGGGAGCUUCAGAGAAUGACGAUCCCUCUAAGAUGGUGAUGGUUCUGGCCGCUACUAACUUCCCCUGGGACAUCGACGAGGCGCUACGGAGACGACUGGAGAAGAGAAUCUACAUCCCACUGCCUACAGGUGAUCUUUAACCUUUCAACCCUAACCUCUACCCUUACCCUGAACCUGAGAUGCGGAAAUCCUGUUUCAUACAGAUGUCUUGCAUAUUAACCUAUUCUUAAAAUGUAUCUGUUGUGCAGAACAUUCACAUUGUUGUACAGUUAUACCUGUAUGUCUCUAGCUGUAGGGUGUGUUGUUAACCCUCUUUCCUGUGUGUGUGUGUGUGUGUGUGUGUGUGUGUGUAGCUGUGGGUCGUGCUGAGCUGCUGGGGAUCAGUCUAAAGGAGGUGGAUGUGGCUGAUGACGUGGACCUGGCUCUCAUCGCUGACAAGAUAGACGGAUACUCUGGCGCUGACAUCACCAACGUCUGCAGGUCUAGCUGUGUGUGUGUGUGGGGGGGGGGGGGGGGGGGCUUGGUUCUUCUAUCCUUUUGGGGACUUUAAGAUAGUAAAACAAGGAAAAUUCUUUCUCGUGGGGACAUUUCCCAUACACCCAUGAGGACAAAAGCUAUUUUAAGCUUAGUGUUUAGGGUUACAGUUAGGGUAAGGGGUUAGUGUUUAGGGUUACAGUUAGGGUAAGGGGUUCGUGUUUAGGGUUACAGUUAGGGUAAGGGGUUAGUGUUUAGGGUUACAGGUUAGGGAAAAUAGGAUUUUGAAUGGAAAUUAAUCUGAGGUCCCCACGAGGAUAGAUGAACAAAACGUGUGCGAGUGUUCUUGUGAGACUGUUCCCAUGACUGACCCUUGUGAGUCGUGACUAGUCGUGUGGCACUUUCUGUCUGUGUGUGUAAGCUAAGGUCACAGUCAUGGCUCUUGGCCAGGGGCAUCCCCUGAACACACCCUUUAUAUAACAGAGAGAGUUGAGGGGGGAGGGUGGGUGGGAGGGAGAGCGGGAGAGCGGAAGGGAGGAGAGUGGGAGAGCGAGCGGGAGGGAGGAGAGUGGGAGAGCGAGCGGGAGGGAGGAGAGUGGGAGAGCGAGUGAGCGAGAGAGAGGGAGGGAGAGUGGGAGGGAGGAGAGUGGGAGGGAGGGAGAGUGGAAGGGGGAGAGAGAGAGAGGGAGGGGGGAAGUGGGAGGGAGCGGGGGAGGAGGGAGAGUGGAAGGGGGAGGGAGAGAGAGAGGGAGGGGGGAAGAGAGGGAGUGGGAGGCAGAUGGGGAGGGCGAGCGAGCGAAAGAGGGAGAGAGGGGAGAAGAGAGGGAAAGGGAUAGAUUAAGGGAGAGAUGGAAGGAAAGGGAGAGCGAGAUACAGAGCGAGAGGGAGAGAGAUACAGAGAGAGAGAGCGAGAUGGAGGGAGAGAGGGAGAGGAUACAGAGGGAGGGAGGGAGGGAAAUGGAGAGAAACCAUUGUGGCCUCGGGAGGUCAGGCCUCUGCGCUGUAUGUGACCAAUUAGCUGUGUGCAGUACAUUUUAGUUAUGCGUCAAUUUACAGUGCAUUCGGAAAGUAUUAAGAUCCCUUGACGUUUUCCACAUUUUGUUACGUUACAGCCUUAUUCUAAAAUUGAUUGAUGAGGGAAAAAACUAAUUGAAUCUACCCACAAUACCCCAUAAUGACAAAGCAAAAACAGUUUUUUAGAGAUUUCUGCAAAUGUAUUACAAAUAAAAAACAGAAAUACCUUAUUUACAUAAGUAUUCUUUGCUAUGAGACUCAACAUUGAGCUCAGGUGCAUCCUGUUUCCAUUGAUCAACUUGAUUGGAGGCCACCUGUGGUAAAUUCAAUUGAUUGGACAUGAUUUGGAAAGGCACACACCUGUCUAUGUAAGGUCCCACAGUUGACAGUGCAUGUCAGAGCAAAAACCAAGCCAUGAGGUCAAAGGAAUUGACCGUAGAGCUUCGAGACAGGAUUGUGUUGAGGCACAGAUCUGGGGAAAGGUACCAAAACAUUUCUGCAGCAUUGAUGGUCCCCAAGAACACAGUGGCCUCCAUCGUUCUUAAAUGGAAGAAGUUUGGAACCACCAAGACUCUUCCUAGAUCUGGCUGCCCGGCCAAACUGAGCAAUCGGGGAGAAGGGCCAUGGUCAGGGAGGUGACCAAGAACCCGAUGGUCACGCUGACAGAGCUCCAGAGUUCCUCUGUGGAGAUGGGAGAAUCUUCCAGAAGGACAACCAUCUCUGCAGCACUCCACCAAUCAGGCCUUUAUGGUAGAGUGGCCAGACCGAAGCCACUCCUCAGUAAAAGGCACAUGACAGCCCGCUUGGAGUUUGCCAAAAGGCACUUAAAUCCUCAGACCAUGAUAAACAAGAUUCUCUGGUCUGAUGAAACCAAGAUUGAACUCUUUGAUCUGAAUGCCAAGUGUCACGUCUGGAGGAAACCUGGCACCAUCCCUACGGUGAAACAUGGUGGUGGCAGCAUCAUGCUGUGGGGAUGUUUUUCAGCGGCAGAGACUGAGAGACUAGUCAAGAUCGACGGAAAGAUGAACGGAGCAAAGUACAGAGAGAUCCUUGAUGAAAACUGCUCCAGAGCGCUCAGGACCUCAGACUGGGGAGAAGGUUCAACUUCCAACAGGACAACAACUCUAAGCACACAGCCAAGACAACGCAGGAGUGGCUUCAGGACAAGUCUCAGAAUGUCCUUGAGUGGCCAAACCAGAGCCCAGUCUGAAAAUAGCUGUGCAGCGACGCUCCCCAUCCAACCUGACAUAGUUUGAGAGGAUCUACAGAGAAGAAUGGGAGAAACUCCCCAAAUACAGGUGUGCCAAGCUUGUAGCGUCAUACCCAAGAAGACUUGGGUAAUCGCUGCCAAAGGCGCUUCAACAAAGUACUGAGUAAAGGGUCUGAAUACUUAUGUAAAUGUAGUAUUUCAGUUUUUAAUUUUUUAUACAUUUGCAAAAAUGUAUAAAAACCUGUUUUUGCUUUGUCAUUAUGGGGUAUUUUGUGUAGAUCGAUGUGGGGGGAAAAAACUAUUUCAUACAUUUUAGAAUGAGGCUGCAACAAAAUGUGGAAAAAGUCAAGGGGGUCUGAAUACUUUCCGAAUGCACUGUAUCCAGGUUUUUUGGUGUCAAGAGAUCAGAGCUCUGUAUAAAGAACGUGUCUACUGUUAAAUAAAUUGUCUCUGUCUCUGAGUGUGUGUAUUCCUCAACCUGUGUGUGUGUGUGUGUGUGUGUUGUAUGCUAAUGCCAUGUGUGUGUGCCCCCACAGAGACGCGUCUAUGAUGGCAAUGCGUCGGCGUAUCCAGGGCCUCUCUCCAGAGGAGAUCAGAGCUCUGUCUAAAGAAGAGCUUCAGAUGCCUGUCACCAUGGACGACUUCACCAUGACCCUGAAGAAGAUCUCCAAGUCUGUCUCCGCUGCCGACUUGGAGAAGUACCAGGCCUGGAUGGACGAGUUUGGAUCGGUCUAGAGAGAGGACACAGCACUGGGAGUGGAAGAAAGGACUGGAGAGGAGGCUGUGACUGGAGAGGAACUAGAGGAGGCUGUGACUGGAGAGGAACUAGAGGAGGCUGUGACUGGAGAGGAACUAGAGGAGGCUGUGACUAGAGAGGAACUAGAGGAGGCUGUGACUGGAGUGGAGCUAGAGGAGACUGUGACUGGAGAGGAACUAGAGGAGGCUGUGACUGGAGAGGAGGCUGUGACUGGAGAGGAGGCUGUGACUGGAGAGGAACUAGAGGAGGCUGUGACUGGAGAGGAACUAGAGGAGGCUGUGACUGGAGAGGAACUAGAGGAGGCUGUGACUGGAGAGGAACUAGAGGACAAGAGUGUGACUGGAGAGGAACUAGAGGACAAGAGUGUGACUGGAGAGGAACUAGAGGAAAAGAGUGUGACUGGAGAGGAACUAGAGGACAAGAGUGUGACUGGAGAGGAACUAGAGGACAAGAGUGUGACUGGAGAGGAACUAGAGGACAAGAGUGUGACUGGAGAGGAGCUAGAGGACCAGAGUGUGACUGGAGAGGAACUAGAGGACCAGAGUGUGAGCCAAGUGGAUAGAAGUGUAAAGCGGAGUGUUUGGUUGAGAUUAAAGGGUACAUCUCAAUAGUCUAAAGUGGCUUCCUCUCUUUGUCUCCUUGUCUUCCUCUCUUCAUCACCUUGUCUCCUUCUCUUCAAAGCCUUGUCUCCUUGUCUCUUCAUCUCCUUUUCUUCCUCUGUAUCUGUUUGUCCCUCCCUCCCUCCACUCACUACGGCUCUAUGUGACUGUGGAGAUGGAGUCUGUGACUGCAUCCCAAAUGGUACCCUAUACCCUAUAUAGUGCACUACAUCUGACCAGAGCUCAUAGGGGUCUGGUCAAAAGUAGUGCACUAUAUAGGGAUUAGGGUGCCAUUCCGAAUGCAGUCUGAGACUCUUCACAUGAUUGUCCUGGUGGGACUGCUUGGACUGAUACUUGAAUGGACUGAUACUUUUUUUUUGGAAUGAAAACACAUACAUACACUAACCACCACACACAUUCACCAGGAGAUGAAAUGUAGCUGAACAGGUUGGUUGAAUGGUUCAGCCGUUAGUUUGACCACCUAGCUAUCACAGUGUCUGGAAAUGUAGAUAAUAUACUGAACUAAAAUAGAAACGCAACAAUUUCAAACAUUUUACUGAGUUACAGUUCAUAUAAGAAAAUCAGUGAAUUGAAAUACAUUUAUUAGGCACCAAUCUAUGGAUUCUACAUGACUGGGAAUACAGAUAUGCAUCUGUUGGUCACAGAUACCUUAAAAAAAAGGUAGGGGCAUGGAUCAGAACCAGUCAGUGUCUGGUGUGACCACCAUUUGCUUCAUCCAGCGCGACACAUCUCCUUUGCAUACAGUUGAUCAGGCUGUUGAUUGUGGCCUGUGGAAUGUUGUCCCACUCCUCUUCAAUGGCUUUGCGAAGUUGCUGGAUAUUAGCGGGACCUGAAACACGCUGUCGUACAUUUCGAUCCAGAGCAUCCCAAACAUGCUCAAUGGGUGACAUGUCUGGUGGGUAUGCAGGCCAUGGAAGAACUGGGACAUUUUCAGCCUCCAGGAAUUGUGUACAGAUCCUUGCGACAUGGGGCUGUGCAUUAUCAUGCUGAAACAUGAGGUGAUUGUGGCGGAUGAAUGGCAAGACAAUGGACCUCAGGAUCUCGUCACGGUAUCUGUGCAUUCAAAUUGCCAUCGAUAAAAUGCAAUUGUGUUCGUUGUCCGUAGCUUAUGCCUGCCCAUACCAUAACCCCACUGCCACCAUGGGGCACUCUGUUCACAACGUUGACAUCAGCAAACCGCUCGCCCACACAACGCCAUACACGUGGUCUGCGGUUGUGAGGUUGGUUGGACGUACUGCCAAAUUCUCUAAAACAACGUUGGAGGCGGCUUAUGGUAGAGAAAUGAACAUUAAAUUAUCUGGCAACAGUUCUGGUGGACAUUCCUGCACUCAGCAUGCCAAUUGCAUGCUCCCUCAAAACUUGAGACAUCUGUGGCAUUGUGUUGUGACAAAACUGCACAUUUUAGAGUGGCCUUUUAUACUCCCCAGAACAAGGUGCACCUGUGUAAUGAUCAUGCUGUUUAAUCAGCUUCUUGAUAUGCCACACCUGUCAGGUGGAUGGAUUAUCUUGGCAAAUGAGAAAUGCUCACUAACAGGGAUGUAAACAAAUUUGUGCUCACAAUUUGAGAGAAAUAAGCUUUUUGUGCGUAUGGAACAUUUUUGGGAUCUUUUAUUUCAGCUUAUGAAACAUGGGACCAACACUUUACAUGUUGCGUUUAUGUUCAGUGUAGUUAGUAUAGCUACUGUAACUAGUAUACUAGUUAGAUAGUGAAGCUACUGUAACUAGUAUCCUAGUUAGUGUAGCUACUGUAACUAGUAUCCUAGUUAGUCAUCACUGAUGAACACCACUCACACAGAUGUUUAUUAUUGAUCACUAAACUGUUGGAUCUUAUGUGUUUUAUAACCCAGCACCACAGAAAGACUGUGUAGUAGUGUGUGUGUGUGUGUGUGUGUGUGUUCCUUUAUAUUUCACCUGGAGACACACAAACGAACCAUUCUUCCACUUGAGAGGCUCUACGUCUGGUGCGGUACUGACUUUCGUUUUUAGAAACUUCAUCUCAUUCCUUUCUUUAGUGAUUUAAUUUAUAUGAAUUGUACGCGCGUUACGAUUCACAUUCCUGAAUGUUUUAAGUGAAAAGGAAAAUGGAAUCUUGUCAUUGUCAUGUUUUUAUUGUUUGAAGUUUUGGAACACUGGAACACUGGAGAAGUAACAGAGCUGUAUGUCUGUAUGUCUGUCUGUCUGUCUGAGUCCAAAAUGGGACCCUAUUCCCUAUGUACUGCACUACUUUUGACCGGCUCCCAUCCCAUAGGGACAACAAGUAGUGCACUAUAUAGGGAAUACAGCCAUUUAGGACACAAUCAGAUGGGUUUGUCAAGUAGGCCUAAGACUAAGUCUAGUACAUCAGAGGUACAGAGUUGUGAAUUAGAGCAGGAGUGAGGAGCUAGGCAGCCUCACUAUGUUUGGUGAUAUUUUCAAAUGUCAUUUGUCAUUUAUAAAAACGAGAAUAUUAAAGUGUUAUCAGAUAUUCUGUGUAUUUGUAUUUAUUAUGGAUCCACUCUUCCAAAAUUAAGGCAGUUAGUGAUAGAUUAAUUAUUAAUGACUAAUUAUUACACCCUGAAACGGUGUAUAAUGUGUUAGAAAUGUGUGAGUGUAGGACCAGUAAAGACUAUGGCAUUGAGCUACUAUUUAGCAAUGUGAGUAAGAGUUAGGCCAGACAACAAAGGACAAGGAGAACUGCCUACAGGCAACUGAUAGGCUUUUUAAUGAGUAUGGUGCAGAAUAUUGUGAGAACGGCAAAAACUGAGGAAUGUAGGGAGUAGGCUAUGAUAAGAAAGUGUGUGUGUGUGUAUGUACAGUGGGGAAAAAAAGUAUUUAGUCAGCCACCAAUUGUGCAAGUUCUCCCACUUAAAAAGAUGAGAGAGGCCUGUAAUUUUCAUCAUAGGUACACGUCAACUAUGACAGACAAAUUGAGAAAAAUAAUUCCAGAAAAUCACAUUGUAGGAUUUUUAAUGAAUUUAUUUGCAAAUUAUGGUGGAAAAUAAGUAUUUGGUCACCUACAAACAAGCAAGAUUUCUGGCUCUCACAGACCUGUAACUUCUUCUUUGAGAGGCUCCUCUGUCCUCCACUCGUGACCUUUAUUAAUGGCACCUGUUUGAACUUGUUAUCAGUAUAAAAGACACCUGUCCACAACCUCAAACAGUCACACUCCAAACUCCACUAUGGCCAAGACCAAAGAGCUGUCAAAGGACACCAGAAACAAAAUUGUAGACCUGCACCAGGCUGGGAAGACUGAAUAUGCAAUAGGUAAGCAGCUUGGUUUGAAGAAAUCAACUGUGGGAGCAAUUAUUAGGAAAUGGAAGACAUACAAGACCACUGAUAAUCUCCCUCAAUCUGGGGCUCCACGCAAGAUCACACCCUGUGGGGUCAAAAUGAUCACAAGAACGGUGAGCAAAAAUCCCAGAACCACACGGGGGGACCUAGUGAAUGACCUGCAGAGAGCUGGGACCAAAGUAACAAAGCCUACCAUCAGUAACACACUACGCCGCCAGGGACUCAAAUCCUGCAGUGCCAGACGUUACCCCCUGCUUAAGCCAGUACAUGUCCAGGCCCGUCUGAAGUUUGCUAGAGUGCAUUUAGAGUAUAUCAAUGUAUAUGUAUAUAUGUACAAAUAUAUCGUGUAUAUCAAUGAUGUCGCUCUUGCUGCUGGUGACUCUCAGAUCCACCUCUACGCAGACGACACCAUUUUGUAUACAUCUGGCCCUUCAUUGGACACUGUGUUAACAAACCUCCAAACGAGCUUCAAUGCCAUACAACAAUCCUUCAGUAGCCUCCAACUGCUCUUAAACACUAGUAAAACUAAAUGCAUGCUUUUCAAUCGAACGCUGCUGGCACCCGCCCACCCGACUAGAAUCACCACUCUCGACGGGUCUGACCUAGAGUAUGUGGACAACUACAAAUACCUAGGUGUCUGGUUAGACUGUAAACUCAACUUCCAGACUCACAUAAAGAAUCUCCAAUCCAAAGUUAAAUCUAGAAUCGGCUUCCUAUUUCGCAAACAAAGCCUCCUUCACUCAUGCUGCCAAACAUGCCCUCGUAAAACUGACUAUCCUACCGAUCCUUGACUUUGGCGAUGUCAUUUACAAAAUAGCCUCCAACACUCUACUCAGCAAAUUGGAUGUAGUCUAUCACAGUGCCAUCCGUUUUGUCUCCAAAGCCCCAUACACUACCCACCACUGUGACCUGUACGCUCUUGUUGGCUGGUCCUCACUACAUGUUCGUCGUCAAACCCACUGGCUCCAGGCCAUCUAUAAAUCACUGCUAGGCAAAUCCCCGCCUUAUCUUAGCUCAUUGGUCACCAUAGCAGCACCCACCCGUAGUCUGCGCUCUAGCAGGUAUAUCUCACUGGUCAUUCCCAAAGCCAACACCUCCUUUGGCCGCUAUUCCUUCCAGUUCUCUGCUGCCAAUGACUGGAACGAAUUGCAAAAAUCUCUGAAGCUGGAGACUCUUAUCUCCCUCAAUAACUUUAAGCAUCAGUUGUCAGAGCACCUUACCGAUCACUGCACCUGUACACAGCCCAUCUGAAAUUAGCCCACCCAACUACCUCAUCCCUAUAUUGUUAUUUAUUUUGCUCUUUUGCACCCCAGUAUCUCUAUUUGCACAUAAUCUCUUGCACAUCUAGCAUUCCAGUGUUAAUACUAUUGUAAUUAUUUUGCACUAUAGCCUAUUUAUUGCCUUACCUCCAUAACUUGCUACAUUUGCACACACUGUAUAUAUAUUUUCUGUUGUAUUUUUGACUUUAUGUUUUUUACCCCAUAUGUAACUCUGUGUUGUUUUUAUUGCACUGCUUUGCUUUAUCUUGGCCAGGUCGCAGUUGUAAAUGAGAACCUGUUCUCAACUGGCUUACCUGGUUAAAUAAAGGUGAAAUAAAUAAAAAAUAAAAUAAAAUAGAUGAUCCAGAAGAGGAUUGGGAGAAUGUCAUAUGGUCAGAUGAAACCAAAAUAUGACUUUUUGGUAAAAACCCAACUCGUCGUGUUUGGAGGACAAAGAAUGCUGAGUUGCAUCCAAAGAACACCAUACCUACUGUGAAGCAUGGGGGUGGAAACAUCAUGCUUUGGGGCUGUUUUUCUGCAAAGGAACCAGGACGACUGAUCCGUGUAAAGGAAAGAAUGAAUGGGGCCAUGUAUCGUGAGAUUUUGAGUGAAAACCUCCUUCCAUCAGCAAGGGCAUUGAAGAUGAAACGUGGCUGGGUCUUUCAGCAUGACAAUGAUCCCAAACACACCGCCCGGGCAACGAAGGAGUGGCUUCGUAAGAAGCAUUUCAAGGUCCUGGAGUGGCCUAGCCAGUCUCCAGAUCUCAACCCCAUAGAAAAUUUUUGGAGGGAGUUGAAAGUCUGUGUUGCCCAGCGACAUCCCCAAAACAUCACUGCUCUAGAGGAGAUCUGCAUGGAGGAAUGGGCCAAAAUACCAGCAACAGUGUGUGAAAACCUUGUGAAGACUUACAGAAAACGUUUGACCUGUGUCAUUGCCAACAAAGGGUAUAUAACAAAGUAUUGAGAAACUUUUGUUAUUGACCAAAUACUUAUUUUCCACCAUAAUUUGCAAAUAAAAUCAUAAAAAAUCCUACAAUGUGAUUUUCUGGAUUUUUUUUCCUCAUUUUGUCUGUCAUAGUUGACGUGUACCUAUGAUGAAAAUUACAGGCCUCUCUCAUCUUUUUAAGUGGGAGAACUUGCACAAUUAGUGGCUGACUAAAUACUUUUGUCCCCCACUGUAAGUUGGUUUGCAUAUAAAAACAUUACAGGUUCAUCAGGGUUACCCCAUGAUUAAAAGCGUAACGUUACUUUUUAGCAAUAGUAACUAGUACAUCAUACUUAAAACGAGACUUUAAUACACAAAAGAUCAUUACAAUAACUUUUAAACUAGAGAUUUAUAGUUCUAGGAAAACAUCCAGUCUCAAACUAUCUGAAUCGUCGUCGUCCUCCACCAAGCCAGAUAGGUCAUAUCCUUCAUUCCUUAGGUCGGAGUCCGGGAUUGGGCCGUAUCUCACCAUCUGUUGGGAAACCGCCUUCUCCAUCGCCUUGCUCACCAACCCUCGGACACAGGGAAUAAGAAAACAUCCACAAAGAACAAGUAUACCCAUAGAAGCUAUAACUGCACCCAGAAUAGUUACAACAAUAGUUUUCCAUUUACCAAAUAUGUUAUCAAACCAACCGUUUAGGGAGCUAUCAAUACCAGAGUUCUCAGCCAGUUCGUUCGCCAGCCUGGUGAGUCCCUGAAGCGCUUUGGUCACGGACCCGUCCAGUGCUGUAUUGUUGGGGAUGAAAGUACAGCACAUAGAUCCAAACAGAACACAAACUCCGCCCCAAUCAGCCAAAGGCAUAUCUAAAGCUAUUCUAUUCUGCCAUGCCAUUAAGCUAGUUGCCGCUGUCUGCUCAGCCAAUCCCUUUAUUGCAUCACGAGAAUCAAUCAAAUAUAACCGUAUAAUCUCCUCAUGGCCCUCCUGCGUCUUCAUCUUAAGUGGCGCUGUGACCUCCCUAAUCAAUCCCGACCCCAAAGGGCAGCUAUCUAGGGCAUGGAUAGGGAAGGGCACAUCAACUGGUACAAUAGGAAUCCCUAACUUAUACGUGAACCGGCGAUUGAUAAAAUUCCCAGCUGCGCCUGUAUCUACUAGCGCCUUAUACUGGGAGUGAGGAGAAACCUUGGGAAACACAACUUUAAUACACAUAUGCGCAACAGAGAGCUCUGGGUGAGUUGGGUGCUUACUCACCUGGAAUGACUCAUCAGUGCGCUGCCUACUGCCUCGAUUCCUAGGAGACCCUCCCCAGCACCGACCCGCAGUGUGUCCUCUGCGGCCACAGUUGGUGCAGGGGACGGCCUCUCUCCUGGUCUCUCUCCUGGUCUCCCUAGCACCAGCACCCCCGAGCUCCAUAGGGCUCGGCUCGGACGUCCGUGGGUAGCCAACAGGGUAUCUAGGCGAAUUGACAUGUCCACCAGCUGAUCGAAGCUUAGGUUGGUGUCCCUGCAGGCCAAUUCCCGACGCACGUCCUCCCUCAGGCUGCACCUGUAGUGGUCGAUGAGGGCCCUCUCAUUCCAUCCCGCGUUGGCAGCCAGAGUCCGGAAGUCCAGUGCGAACUCCUGCGCGCUCCUCUUCCCCUGUCUGAGGUGGAACAGACGCUCACCCGCCGCCUUCCCCUCUGGGGGAUGAUCGAACACCGCUCUGAAGCGGCGGGUGAACUCCACAUAGUUGACUGUAGCGGCGUCUAUUCCCCCCCACUCGGCGUUGGCCCACUCCAGCGCCUUGCCGGACAGACAGGAGAUGAGGGCGGACACGCUCUCGUAUCCCGAGGGCAUCGGGUGGAUGGUUGCCAGGUAGAGUUCCACUUGGAGCAGGAAACCCUGACACCCGGCCGCUGUGCCAUCAUAAGCCCUGGAGGUGAAGCGAUGGGUAUAGCUGAUGGUGGUGGUAUCGUCGGAGGAGGUGUGGGCAAACCUCCUCUUACCCAUCGCUCCAUGGUGUUCACCACCCGUUCCAUGGCGGUGCCGAGAGCCUGGAUCAUGGCCGCUUGUUGUGCUACGCGUUCCUCCAUUGAUCCAGCUGGCACCGCCGCUCCUGCUGACUCCAUGUUAUGGUGUGUGAUUCUGUCACGCGACGUGUAUGCGGUCAGCGAAGUCAAACGCAAGGACACAGAGCGGCUGGCAACGUACUUUACUGAACACAGUAAAUAUAGUCCAAAAACAACAAACCUCCAAACAGGGAGGAAAACACAAUAACCCGUACACCAAAGCAACUGCCGGAAUGACAAAGAACAAUCACACACAAUAACCAAUGAGAUACAGGGGGUAAUAUAGGGAAUACAAUACAACAUAAUGGGAAACAGGUGUAAACAAUAAAGACCAAACAAGACAAACACAGAAACAUCGAUUGGCAGUAGCUAGUACUCCGGGGACGACGAACGCCGAAGCCUGCCCGAGCAAGGAGGAGGAGCAGCCUCGGCUGAAUCCGUGACAGUAAGAGUUAGGCCAGACAACAAAGGACAAGGAGAACUGCCUACAGGCAACUGAUAGGCUUUUUAAUGAGUAUGGUGCAGAAUAUGUGGUCCUCUGUAGCUCAACUGGUAGAGCACGGCGCUUGUAACGCCAAGGUAGUGGGUUCGAUCCCCGGGACCACCCAUACACAAAAAUGUAUGCACGCAUGACUGUAAGUCGCUUUGGAUAAAAGCGUCUGCUAAAUGGCAUAUUUUUAUUUUAUUUAAUAUUGUGAGAACGGCAAUAACUGAGGAAUGUAGGGAGUAGGCUAUGAUAAGAAAGUGUGUGUGUAUGUAUGUGUGUAUGCAUGUGAGUAUAUGUGUGUGUGUGUGAACUGAUGGUCAGGAGAGCAGUUUUAGAGUGGAAAACUACAGCCCGCCUACAGAGGGGAGGGAUUUUUUUUUGUAUGACGUAUGACUAUAAAAGAUGGACUCUGAAAUUGUGAUGGCAGAAUUCUCAAUGAAUAAAUCUCUGACUAUGCAGACCGGGACUCUGUCCGUUACUUAAAUCCCAAAAGACUUACAACCUUUUGGGAGACAUACCGAGACACUGAAAUAGUUUGUUAAAUAAUUCCCAUAACAGUUAUACAUUAAAAAAAAACAUUACAAUACAGUCAUAACAGAUUUCACAGCACACGGUGUGCCCUCAGAUAUGUGGUACUCCACUACCACAUAUCUACAACACAAAAACCCAUGUUAUCGUGUGUGUAUGCAUGUGUCUGUGCCUAUGUUUGUGUUGCUUCACAGUCCCCGCUGUUCCAUAAGGUGUAUUUUUAUCUGUUUUUAAAAUCUGAUUCUACUGCUUGCAUCAGUUACCGGAUGUGGAAUAGAGUUCCAUGUAGUCAUGGCUCUAUGUAGGACUGUGCGCCUCCCAUAGUCUGUUCUGGACUUGGGGACUGUGAAGAGACCUCUGGUGGCAUGUCUUGUGGGGUAUGCAUGGGUGUCUGAGCUGUGUGCGAGUCGUUCAAACAGACAGCUCGGUGCUUUCAACAUGUCAACACCUCUCACAAACACAAGCAGUGAUGAAGUCAAUCUCUACUCCACUUUGAGUCAGGAGAGAUUGUCAUGCAUAUUAUUAAUGUUAGCUCUCUGUGUACAUCCAAGGGCCAGUCGUGCUGCCCUGUUCUGAGCCAAUUGCAACUUUCCUAAGUCCCUCUUUGUAGCACCUGACCACACAACUUAACAGUAGUCCAGGUGUGAUAAAACUAGAGCCUGUAGGACCUGCCUUGUUGAUAGUGCUGUUAAGGUAGAGCAGCGCUUUAUUAUGGACAGACUUUGCCCCAUCUUAGCCACUGUUGUAUCAAUAUGUUUUGACCAUGACAGUUUACAAUCCAGGGUUACUCCAAGCAGUUUAGUCACUUCAACUUGCUCAAUCUCCACAUUAUUUAUUACAAGAUUUAAUUGAGGUUUGGAGUUGAUUUGUUCCAAAUACAAUGCUUUUAGUUUUAGAAAUAUUUAGGACUAAUUUAUUCCUUGCCACCCACUCUGAAACUAACUACAACUCUUUAAGUGUUUCAUUCGCUGUAGUAGCUGACAUGUAUAGUGUUGAGUCAUCCGCAUACAUAGACAAUCUUUACUCAAAGCCAGUGGCAUGUCAUUAGUAAAGAUUGAAAAAACGAAUGGGCCUAGACAGCUGCCCUGGGGAAUUCCUGAUUCUACCUGGAUUAUGUUGGAGAGGCUUCCAUUAAAGAACACCCUCUGUGUUCUGUUAGACAGGUAACUCUUUAUCCACGAUAUAGCAGGUGGAGUAAAGCCAUAACACAUACGUUUUUCCAGCAGCAGACUAUGAUCGAUAAUGUCAAAAGCCGCACUGAAGUCUAACAAAAGAGCCCCCACAAUCUUUUUAUCAUCAAUUUCUCUCAGCCAAUCAUCAGUCAUUUGUGUAAGUGCUGUGCUUGUUGAAUGUCCUUCUCUAUAAGCAUGCUGAAAGUUUGUUGUCAGUUUGUUUACUGUAAAAUAGCAUUGUAUCUGGCUUUAGGUGAGGCAGAUGAACCUGUAGCCCUAUUACUUCAACAGUAUUUAACAUGAGAUACUCUCUAAUCUUCACAGGAAUGUGGUUCUGAAUAUAAACAGCAACACCUCCACCAUUGGCAUUUCUAUAUUUUCUGUAAAUGUUCUAAACUUGUAUUGCUACCACAGUGUCAUCAAAGGUAUUAUCUAAGUGAGUUUCAGAGAUAGUCAGAAUGUGAAUGUCAUCUGUCACUAGCAAAUUAUUGAUUUCAUGAACCUUUUUUCUUAAGCUACAUAUGUUAACGUGGGCUAUUUUGAGCACUUUACUGGGAAGCUUAGCAGCUGUAGAUGUGCUCAUGUGAUGGAUGCAGGAAGAUGACGGAGGGAGCAAGGGGGAAAUCGAACGACAAACAUCUGUGUAUCGACCACUGAGCAAUACCUCUGUCAACUUGACUCUGUCCUGACUGGCAGUGUGUGUGUGUGUGUGUGUGUGUGUGUGUGUGUGUGUGUGUGUGUGUGUGUGUGUAAUAACCGUUUUCACCAACAGGUACCUAAAGUCAUCAUACGACCCCAGUAUGACAUCAUGACCUAUAUCAUUACUGUACCCAGUGUACACAACCUACAGUUACCUUUAGCUCACUUAGCUACGCUGUGUAUACUGGACCUACGUCAGAGAGACGAGCCCCUGUCACCCAGCCAGAGGACAGAGAGACGAGCCCCUGUCACCCAGCCAGAGGACAGAGAGACGAGCCCCUGUCACCCAGCCGGAGGACAGAGACACGAGCCCCUGUCACCCAGCCAGAGGACAGAGAGACGAGCCCCUGUCACCCAGCCAGAGGACAGAGACACGAGCCCCUGUCACCCAGCCAGAGGACAGAGAGACGAGCCCCUGUCACCCAGCCAGAGGACAGAGAGACGAGCCCCUGUCACCCAGCCAGAGGACAGAGAGACGAGCCCCUGUCACCCAGCCAGAGGACAGAGAGACGAGCCCCUGUCACCCAGCCAGAGGACAGAGAGACGAGCCCCUGUCACCCAGCCAGAGGACAGAGAGACGAGCCCCUGUCACCCAGCCAGAGGACAGAGAGACGAGCCCCUGUCACCCAGCCAGAGGACAGAGAGACGAGCCCCUGUCACCCAGCCAGAGGACAGAGAGACAGCCCCUGUCACCCAGCCAGAAGACAGAGAGACGAGCCCCUGUCACCCAGCCAGAGGACAGAGAGACGAGCCCCUGUCACCCAGCCAGAGGACAGAGAUACGAGGCCCUGUCACCCAGCCAGAGGACAGAGAGACGAGCCCCUGUCACCCAGCCAGAGGACAGAGAGACGAGCCCCUGUCACCCAGCCAGAGGACAGAGAGACGAGCCCCUGUCACCCAGCCAGAAGACAGAGAGACGAACCCUGUCACCCAGCCAGAGGACAGAGAGACGAGCCCCUGUCACCCAGCCAGAGGACAGAGAUACGAGCCCUGUCACCCCGCCAGAGGACAGAGAGACGAGCCCCCUGUCACCCAGCCAGAGGACAGAGAGACGAGCCCCUGUCACCCACCAGAGGACAGAGAGACGAGCCCCUGUCACCCAGCCAGAGGACAGAGACGAGCCCCUGUCACCGAGCCCCUGUCACCCAGCCAGAGGACAGAGAGACGAGCCCCUGUCACCCAGCCAGAGGACAGAGAGACGAGCCCCUGUCACCCAGCCAGAGGACAUAGCCAGGACCGAGAAAGGACAGAGCCAGGACAGAGGACACAGCCAGGACAGAGACAGGACAGACAGGUGUGUGUGGUCAGCUGAGUUGAUUGAACUGUUCCUGUCUGUAACUGAGUUAGGGAUCAGUCAGAUCCAGAGGAGGAGACUAUGUAAAGACAACCUGCCCUCUGCUCCCUGA